AUGGCGACCGAGGCUGUACCGAUAGCCGUUACGCGGCUCCUCUCGGCCCGCUACCCUACGCUGGAGCUCAACCCUGCCUGGCUCUCCCAGUGCGUUGCCUACCUGCGCUCUCUUCCCGGACCGAGCCGUCCGACGACCGACGACCAGCUGGCCAAGCAGGUGCGCCAGCAGCUCCUCGCGGCUGACCUGGCCACCGCAGCCAGGAGAGGGGCCCUCGCGGGCGACAUGCGCAACGUCAAGGACGGUGCGGUAGGAGCGGGACCCAAGAAGGCCGUCAUGGUCCAGGUCGUAUCGAUCGUGGACAUCGGCAUCUCGGCGGCGACGCAGCUCGAAGUGGCAGAGGCCCGCAAGGCCGCUCGCUCGACGCUGGGAGGCGCUGCGCUGCUCAACCCCGCCACCUCGACGCUGAACGCCACGGCCUCGGCCCGGGACCUCGACGAGGGGCGAGUGGCGAUCGACGAGGACGCGGCGCACAUGGCCGACUUCAACGCCAAGGAGGAAAAGGCGGGGAUACAGGCCACCGUGUUCCCGCGCAAGAUGCUGCAGCUCGAGCUCAGCGACGGCCAUGGACCGCCCGUCACUGCGUUUGAGCUCGAGCGGGUCGCGGGGCUCGAUAUGAACCAGACCCGGCUCGGGUGCAAGAUCCUCUUGAAAGGGGCAAGAGUAAGGCGAGGACAUAUACUGCUGGCGCCGAGAUGCGUCACGAUCGAAGGCGGUGAGGUCGAAGAGUGGGAAGCCGAAGCCGAGAGCCGCCUCAUCAACAAGCUGAGGCAGAAGCUGGGGAAAGCCCCGCUCGAGCCGACAUCGACUGGUGAUGCUGCGGCGGAACGCACCGGCCCAACGGCGCAAGCUCGUGCAUCGACAGCUUCCAGCACAACAACGAAGGCCGCUCGCCGUCCCUUACCUUCCGCGUCACACACCAACGGCCGCACGACGAGCAAGCCCGAGGCCCUGGACGACUUCCACUUUGAUGACGACGAGGACGAGUCGUUCCUGCUGGCUGCGGCCGAGAUGGAAACCGAUCUCGUGGCCCCCGCCUCGACCGCGCCUCCGAGGCGCCCCGAGUCGGCCAGUCGCGGUUCCACCAGCGUAGCGCCGAAGCGCGAGCAGGGCGGCAGGGACAUGGUCGAGACAAUUGUUCUGAGCGACAGCGAGGACGAGAAGCCAGGCGCAAGCGGUACAGCGACGCAAUCUGGUCCGCCAAUCAAGCACAGCCGCGAGGACGCCAUCGUCAUCGAGUCGUCGCCGGAGCCUUGA